ACAGAAACCCACUUAUUCACUCUCGCCGACAACUUAUCCUUCGCAAUCCCAACGUCUCUUUACCACAUGAUAAAAUACUUGGGUAUCCCACAUAUAUUCCCGUUAUCCUAUCCUCCCUCCCCCUCGGAUUCUCGUCCAGCGAUAUCCCACUCUUCCUUUAACCAUCUGCAUCCACGUACCGUGAGGUCUCGUCCAUGGGAAAGAGGGGCUGUGCUGUGUUGGUGUUUUCGAUCCUCUUGUUUUCUUUGGCCUUUCCGGUGUCGGCCGAUGGCGUGUUCCGGAUCGGGCUCAAGAAGAAGGCGCUGGACCAGAACAGCCGGCUGGCGGCCCGGCUCGCGGUGAGGAAGGAGGCGGCGGCAGCGCUGGCCGCCCGGAAAUAUGGGUUUUUUGAGCCGGGGCCGGUGGGGCCGGUGGGACCGGGGGAGGAGGGUAACGUCGUCGCCCUCAAGAACUACAUGAACGCCCAGUACUUCGGCGAGAUCGGGCUCGGCUCGCCGGCACAGAACUUCACGGUGAUCUUCGACACCGGCAGCUCCAACCUUUGGGUUCCCUCGUCCAAGUGCUACUUCUCGGUUGCUUGCUAUUUCCAUUCGAAAUACAAGUCGACCCUCUCGAGCACCUAUGAGAAGAAUGGGGGGUCUGCAAAUAUUCACUAUGGAACGGGAUCAGUAUCAGGUUUCUUCAGCCAAGACUAUGUUACAGUUGGUGAGCUUACCAUCAAGAAUCAGGUUUUUAUUGAAGCCACUAGAGAGCCGAGUAUCACUUUCAUGGUUGCGAAAUUCGAUGGAAUACUUGGGCUUGGAUUUAAAGAAAUCUCAGUUGGAAACGUGGUGCCUGUGUGGGAUAACAUGGUUAACCAGAGUCUUGUUAAAGAACCUGUUUUCUCUUUCUGGUUUAACCGGAAUGCUGAGGAAGGGGAGGGAGGCGAAAUUAUGUUCGGAGGGAUGGACCGAAAGCAUUUUAGGGGUGAACACACAUAUGUCCCUGUAACUCAGAAAGGCUACUGGCAGUUUGAAAUGGGAGAUGUCCUCAUUGGUGGUCAGACAACUGGAUUCUGUUCAGACGGAUGUCAAGCAAUUGCAGAUUCUGGAACUUCUUUGAUUGCUGGUCCAACAACCAUCAUUGCAGAAGUUAAUCAAAAAAUUGGAGCUGCUGGUGUUGUUAGCCAACAAUGCAAAGCAAUGGUCUCACAGUAUGGGGAAAAGAUUAUGGAAAUGCUGAUGGAAAAGGAAGAGCCUGCAAAAAUUUGUUCUCGGGUUGGGCUGUGUGCCUUUGAUGGGACUCAUGGAGUUAGUAUGGGCAUUAAGAGUGUGGUGAAUGGCAAAAGAGAUGGAUCAACUGGUGGUCUGGGAAAUGGUAUGUGCACAUAUUGUGAGAUGGCAGUUGUAUGGAUGCAAAAUCAACUUGUGCAGAACCAGACACUUGAACAGGUGUUGAACUACAUCAAUCAGCUAUGUGAGCGACUGCCUAGUCCCACGGGGGAAUCUGCUGUAGACUGUGAUAGCCUCCCAUCCAUGCCUACCGUUUCUUUCACUAUUGGUGGCAAAAGAUUUGACCUGAAACCAGAGCAGUACAUUCUUAAAGUAGAUGUUGGAAGUUCAGCCACCCAGUGCAUCAGUGGGUUUACUGCCUUGGAUGUACCUCAGGGUCCCCUCUGGAUAUUGGGUGAUGUCUUCAUGGGAGCGUAUCACACAGUUUUUGACUAUGGGAAGCUGAGAGUUGGAUUUGCUGAAGCAGCAGCACAUAUAUGAGAAGUUUACUCUUUUUCAUAUAUAAAACUGUCUUAUUUAUGUAUCGUCUAGCCAUCCGAUGAUUGUAAAUAUUCUGGCAUAGGAUAUACUUUGUGAUCAGACCUGCACCUGGACUUUUGAUCAUCGGUACUCAUGUGAAAGCUAUAUUCCUGCAUAUAUGUAGUAGGAAGUAUGCGUAUUUUGGUCAUCGAUAUAUUUUCGUUGUGAUUAUGGAC